AGGUGAGAGAGAAGCAAACCACACGCCAAAAGGAGGGAGAGGGGCAACCGCGGAUCUCGCCCGCGCGCCCGCCGGCCCCCUCCGCCAUGUCCGCCGACGGCCCCGGCGCGGUCCGCCGCGCGCUGGACAGGGCCGGCGCGAGCCUCCGCACCGGCCGCCGCGCGCUCGCCCGCUUCGCGCCCCGCCCCUCGGCCUUCGCCCCGGCGCCCGACGCCGAGGCCGCGGCGGUCCGCGCCGUGCGCAACCUCCGCACCUUCCGCGUCCACUACGCCGUGAUCCAGUGGGCGCUGCUGCUCGCCUCCCUCGCGCCCCGCCACCGCGCCUCCAUGCUCUUCCUCAUGGCCGCCUCCAAGGGCCUGCUCCUCUACGGGGGCCUCCUCCGGGCCUUCCCCAACUCCGCGCUCCUCCGCCGCCUCCUCGACCGCCGCCUCGUCGCCGCCGUCUUCGUGGUCCUCGUCGUCGCCGACCUCGCGGCGGCUGAUGCCAUACCCAACCUCCUCUUCGCGCUCGCCGCCGGGGCCCCCGUCGUCGUGCUCCACGCCGCGUUCCGCGUCCGCGACGACCUCGAGCCCGUCGCCUCCGCCGACAGCGCCGGAGGGGAGGAGGCCACGGGGGUGGUGGUGGAGAAGAAGGAGGACGGCGACAUGGAGACGGGGCCGACGCGCCGCUCCGCCACGGCCGCCACCAAGUCCUAGGCAACAAGAUCUCGCCGCCCAUAUACAAGUACACCUUAGACAGACAAAGUGCUGGUAUUUCUUGAUCAAAUUCCAUUCUUUUUGGAGAAAUUUGGAGCUCACUACUACCUAGGAUGCAGCAGAAUGAAUCGAAAUUCGUUGUCUCUUCUUGUCUUAAUUAUGGCUUAGCAUUAGGAUCUUCCCCUGUUCCUUGUGUAUACACAAAUUUACUGCUACUGCUGCUACUACUACUACUACUACAUUGUUACUCCAUAGAACAAAACUAGCAACUAACAAGAGAAUCAACUGGAGCAGCUCAUCUGACCAUUCCUUCCUAUAUGUAAUUCUGAUUGUGAUGACAGACAGAGAUAACACCGUGGCAUCGCAUCGCAUCGCAUUGCAUUUGUUUC